AUGCAUAAAUUUUAUCUUGGUUGGUUCAAGGGUCAAUAUUCCAAGUGGUUAGAGUACAGUGUAUCAAAAGAUGCUGCAUAUUGUUUGUGUUGCUACUUGUUUAAAAAUGAGCAUGAAGUUCGUGAAAAUAUGGCAGAUAUUGCUUUUACGCAAAAUGACUUAAGGGAUGAAACAAGGCUUUGGAGAGUUACUAAUGUUUUGAAUAUUGUUGGAGCAUCGUAUAAGCACAGGAAUUUUCUCAGACAACAUCAAACUGUAAAGUUAGAUGAGUUGAUCAUUUCUGGUGAAGUGCACAGAGGAAGAGGAUUAAAUCAAGAAUGUGGACUUCAAUGGCCAUGUAACAUUCUUUGGGGUUCUCACUGUAAGAAAUUAGAGAACUUCAUUGACAUAUUUUCAUCAAUUCUUUAUGUGCUUGGAUUCGCUGCACGUGAGUGCCCAAAUUAUCUUGACAUACUUACAACUGAAACUCUUGAGAAUACGAUUAAGGGGUUUGAUUUUGAUUUUAUGCUACACUUGAUGUUGAAAGUUCUAAUGUUAACAAAUCAUUUGAACUCCUCAUUACAAAAGAUGGAUCAAGAUAUUGUCAGUGCUCUGGAACUGCUCAAUACUGUAAAGCAAGAGUUGCAAUGGAUGAGGGAUAGUGGAUGGAGAUCAUUACUGAAUAAUUUUUUUUCUUUUUGUGAUAAAUCUGAGAUAGAGAUUACAAAAAUGAAUGCUCGCUACAUUCUCGAUAAGUCAAACCGUAGAGCUCUUGAUGUUACAUAUUCUCAUUAUUUUUGGGUUAAAAGAUUUUGUGCUGUCAUUGAUUUGCUACUUUAG